GCCGGCUACACUCCGCUCCAUCUUGCUGCCAAGCACGGUCAUCUCAAUGUCUUCUACAGCCUGAAAACCCGUUGCCCGAUCAAACAGGCCUCCCUGUUGACCGGACUGACGGCGCUCCACGUGGCUGCAAACUUCGGCCAACUUGAUAUGGUACGUGAACUGCUGCUGUUGACACCGGCCAAUGUGGGCAGUGUUGCCGUAGCCAAUGCGCCCACGGGACAGACCUCGACGGAGACGGAUUGUGGUCUCACGCCCCUCCACUUGGCCGCCCAGUCCGGACACGAAGGCACUGUCCGCCUUUUGCUCAACUGUAUCGGCGUGGAGGUGGAGACAGCGACAGCAGUCAAGGUAAUGAACCUCAUUCUGACCUAA